AUGAAAUUAUUCAGUCUUCUUUAUAAUCCUUUAGCACAUUAUAUAAUUUUGUUAUUCCUUUGUUUAUUCAUAUCAUCAACAUCAUCACAGUUUAACUACUUUAACUACACUGAGAGUAUCUCAGGAAAAUACGCUUACAGUGACUUUCUCGUACUAAACAUUCAAACUUAUGGUGAUGGGACAACCCUCGUUCAUGUUGCUCGAAAUAUAUCGACAUCAACAGCAACAACUCCUAAUUUCAAUUGUUCAGGAUUGAAAUUAGAACCAAUGUUACGGAUAAGAGUUAUUCAAUUAAAUGGAUCUGUUAUCGAAAUUAAUUCUCAAUCCAAUUUAAAUUUUGAUCCUGUGAAUUUUUGUAUACUUAAUAAUACUCUUGGUAAUAUAGUUAAUCCUAUUACAAUAUAUCCUUUAAGAGAUCAGUUUAUUCUAGUAAAUUAUAUUGUAGCUAUAAAUUCUUCUGAUCCUACAACUUAUGAAGAAUGGGGUCAGGUCAUUGACUGGAGUGGCAACAGUCUAAGUAAAUUACGUUAUGGACAAUCUUAUGUUAGUCUUAACAAAACUUGGAGUCCAAAUAGUAAAAUUCAGUUAAACGUAUUAAAAAAUUAUGGAUUUCUUAGAGCGGCUGCCAUCAGAAUAGGUGACUCGCAAAUGACUGUAUGGCAACAAUAUUCAAUUGGUAAUUCUGGAAAUUUUUCUUUGGAUAAAAGCGAUAAUAUGUCAAUCACUUUAGAUGCUACUAGCACUCAACAGACUACACUGUUAGCUACCGUUGAUGGUGGUUACGCUAUAUUGAAUGCUAAUUUUACUAAUGAUGAUAGCUCAUUGUUAGCCAAAAGUGGUGGACUAUAUGCGACCUUUAUAUCCUACAAUCUAACAUUUCCACCUAGUCAAGCUCAAUUAUAUCAAGUAACACUUGACAACAUAACCUAUAAUGGCCUUUAUUGUGAUUAUGCUGUUCUUGGUUAUUUAUGUGUAAUUAGUACCAACGUAAUUAAUCCAGCCACAACCAAUUCGGAAAUAUAUUAUUUAAAAAUUCAUUUUUUAACUGCUGGAACUGUAACAAAUGUCAAAUUAAUAAAAAAUAUCCCUAACGUAACCGGUCUGUCCAUGCAAAAUUGGAAAAUGAAAACAAUGCCAUUUGGUGGUUAUAUAUUAGAAAAUACUGAUAUUGCUAAUAAUAUUCAUUAUAUUUAUUCUUAUAAUGACGAAACUGAUAUUCAAAUUUCUUCUCCAUUAUUACUUAAUACAAAUUUCCUUGAUGUAACUACUAUUAUGAAGAAUAAUAAUACUUUUCUAUUUGCUUCUCCUUAUACGAAUAAUGCUCAAUGGUCUUUACUUAGUUUUCAGCUCCCUAAAGUUUUCAACCGUGCUAGUAAUUAUGGUAAUAUUCAAAUAAGCAAUAUUAACCCACCUAAUAAUGCUUAUGUCGAUUCAUCAACAAACGUUCUAAAAAUUACAUUUUAUGAGCCUGUUCUUUUAUCAACGGGAAAUAUCACCAUAUACAAAGCUUCUAAUGGUAGUGAGAGACAAAGAACUAUGGCAACAAUGACUGAUCAAUGUAGUAUCAGUUCAGAUGGAUUAACCGUUAAUAUAAAAGUCAUUGAAAGCACUUUUAAUGAAUUUGGUGAAAAAUAUUAUAUUCAAUUGGAUGCUAAUUUUGUUAAAGAUAAAAACUUGAGUGAACCCUUAUCAGGAAUUGAUAAAGAAAUUGUGAAUUAUCAAUCAUCAUAUACUGCGCAAUCAUCAGAGGAAGCUGCUGUCGGUUUAGCUCAAUUUACUACAAUUGCAACAACAAAAUUUGAAGCACUCUCUCAAGAUGAUAAAACAAAAUAUUUUAAUUCUUUAUUAGAUGAAAUUUCUGAAAAAGUACCAGUACGACGUAGUCGAUUAACUACAGAUGGAAAUUUUCAAUAUGUUUAUUCUGGUUAUGAUAAAAAUAUUAAAAAUAUUCAAUUUAGUAUUCGUAUAAAUUUAACUGAUCAAGUACAAAGAGAAAAUACUGUUCCAGGGAUCGUAUCGAAUUUAGAUAAUAUGAUUAGAUAUAAGAGUAUCACUACUUUCUCUGAUGGUUUAACAAAUGAUUUAGAUCCAACUUAUGGUUUUAAGACAAAAGGUGGUUUAUUGGGUGAUUAUGGAAAAGCAAUUAUUCCUUUAUCCUUGGUUGCUGGUGUAAACGCUGCGAUCUUCUUCAUGUCCCAGACUGAGAAUAAAAAUGAAGCAAAACAAUUAGAAGAAAAAGGAAACAAAGUAGGGAAAAUGGCCGAGAAUAUAAUGGAAAAGGCUGAGAAAUUCAAUAUAAAGACGGUGGCCAAUGUAUUCUCAGGGGGAUUAUUCGUUUUCUCUCACUCGGUCUUUUCAACUACAUUUACUUUUUCUGAUGUUAAUACAUAUGAGUUAUUUAAAAAAAGAGAAGAUAAAGAAAAUGAUGUGUUAAAAGGUGAUAAAAAUAAUGAAGGUAAUGAUGGAACUGAUGUAAACUAA